GUGCAUCGGGGAGCGUGAGCCCAGUAAAGCAUUUCUAGGGGCUAAUAUGAGCUUUUGUCUGUCGUCUAUUUCAAGAAAAAGAUCCAAACGCCGUUUUUCUCAUAAGUUAGACUGCGGCACGUUCACAGCGAGAAGCGACGUCCUGCUGCAGUGAUCAGAGCUCCGAUUCCCACCAACUCUGACUCUAACGCAGCAGCAAAAACAUUUCACUGUGGAAAACUGUCAAGAGGCGCAGUGAAGCAUCAUGACGACCCUGUUGGACCUGAAGAGCAGCGUGCUGCGGCAGAGCCCCUACCUCGCAGGGUUUCAGAGGAGUGUGUGGAGUUCUUUGAACGUAUGAACGCCAUCCUGCAGAAACAGGAGAACAUGAUGCGGGCAGCCCAGGCUGAGUGCCAAAGAGGGCCCUGCACAGUACCACCGCCACAAGAGCAUGUGGACCAGGCCUUUAUUUCUGAAAGAAUCAGCAGGACAGAGCUGGACCUGCUAUAUGAGGAAACGGUGUACACGGUCGUCAACAGGGUGGGUGUGCCUGCGCCAGAACACGUGAAAAGUGAUGACGAGCUGUUUGCUUACCUUUUGAAGGUGUUUGAUAUGGGUGAGGAGGAACAUGACAUUAUUCUCCAAAAAGUUCAAGAAUCUAAGCGAGCUAAUUUUUCCUUGAGAGUUUCUGUCAUGAAAGCGAAAAGCCUGAUGGCAAAGGAUGCGAACGGGUACAGUGACCCCUACUGCAUGCUGGGAAUCCUGGUGGGCCAGAGCCCUCGGGAAACGGAGGAAAAAAAGGAGAGAAAGUUCAGCUUCAGGAAGAGGAGGGAGAAGCUGGAGAAACGCUCCAGUACCAAGGAAGUGUUACCUGCCCGCUGUAUCCAGGUGACGGAGGUCAAGCCAGAGACUCUCAACCCAGUGUGGGAUGAGCACUUUGUGUUUGAAAUAGAUGAUGUCCACAAUGACCUUCUACAUCUGGACAUAUGGGAUCAUGAUGAUGACGUAUCAGUUGCAGAGGCCUGUAAAAAGCUCAAUGAAGUCAGUGGACUACGAGGAAUGGGCAGGUAUUUUAAGCAAAUAGCAAAGUCAGUGCGUUCCAACGGAUCUGCGUCAUCUGGCUCUGAGGAGAAUGCUGAUGACUUCCUCGGAUGCAUCAACAUCCCUAUGAAUGAGAUGCCUGUUGUUGGCUAUGACACCUGGUUUAAACUCGAGCCUCGAUCAAGUGCGUCAAAAGUUCAGGGAGAAUGCCACCUGAUACUGAAGCUCUUCACCAGCCAGAGAGACACAACUUUAUCCAAGAGGGAGACAAAUGUCUCCAUUCACAAGAAAUUGCUGUGUCAAAUUGUGGAAUAUGAGCACGCUCACAUUAAGAGAGAACCCUACAACUGGAACGGGCAGGUUUCUCCUCCAGCGUGGACUGUGCUCACGCACCAUGCUGUGCAAACUGAUCUCUCUCCUCUCCAGCAGGCUAUUAUUCGCUGGCAGUGCUACAGCAACCACCAUCGGAACCAGAGGGUGUGCUACUCCCUGUUGCUGCGCCUCCUGAGGACCAUCGAUGCAGAGUGGGAUCCUCCCGCUGUGCGUGGAGACCUGGAGAGGCAGCUGUCAGACAGCUUCAGGCUGUACAUUGAGCACUGCCUGUGCCUGAUGAAGAACAUGCGUCAGGUUUUCCCCUGCGCCAGCGCUGCUGCCAUUACACGCUACGAGCUCAUGCUGAGGGGGAUUGGCUACAUGCAAAAUAUGAGGGCGUUUAAGACUGUUUGCCCUCUUCGAAAUGAGCUGCAUUUGGACAUCACUACUGCCAUCAAGAAAGGAACAGCGGAGUGGUACGAAAGCUUGAUUUCUCAGUAUAAACCUGAGGAGGGGAAUCUCGAGGAGCAGCUGAAGAAGAUGGUUCAGGUGAUCGAUGCUGUGUGUGCAGAUGUGCAAAGAGCCCAGAACAUCUACAACAAGCUCUUCUACAGUGCGGUGAAAGUAGAUUUCUUCAGCAUAUCGUACAGGCAGCUGGAAAAGCUGGUAGCUGAUGAUGUAAAUGUGGCGAUGGAGCGGGUGUGCGGGACUCUGGAGCAGGAGAGCUCCAGACUGACUCAGACCAUGGGAGAGACCAUCUUUGAGCUCUUCAUGUCACUGAAAAUUCUCAAGGGCUUUCGGGAGUUUCUCCCUCUCAAGGAUGCCAAAAUGUUGGCCUUGACGGGUUUCCACAACUGGUUCAAGUCAUCGAUUCAUAAGUGGUUACAGAUUGUUCACGACAGGUCCUGUGACCGGAUCCGAAAGGCAGUGGAUACCGAUAAGCUUGAGCCUGUGCAGCAAGCCAAGCACAGCUCUUCAGCGGUGGAGGUGACAGCUUGCUUCAGCCAGGUACGCGAGAUCUGGCUCCAGCUGGCUUGGCCAGACUCUGCGGGGGCCUUCAUCUUUGUCACCCGUUUGACAGACAAUUUCUGCAGUGAAGCCGUUUGCUACUCGGAGAUGAUAACGCGCAAGAUUGAGAGGAACCAGCUGGGCCGAGACCACAAGAGCUUCACGGUGCAGCUCUGCAUUGCCUUGAACAACACAGAGCAUGUUCGUGUUUUCCUGACCCACCUGCCCCGGGACCUGGACUGGGGAGGUGUGGAGCGGGCCAUGGAGGAGUCCUGUGGAAUGGAGGGAAAAGAGCAGGUUUACAAAGCCCUGAACGGGCAGCUGUUGAACAUGGACCAGGACCUGCAGAGAGAAGCCAAACGCCUCAUUUCGCUGCUUACUGAUAAGAUGUUGCCUGAGCUGCGCCGGUACAUCCAGCACAUCAGCCUGUCACCAGAUUCUAUCAACAAUGACGAUGCUAUUUCGCCCCUCAUGAAGUACCUUCAAGACACUAAGAUCAUCCUGAGUGAAAACCUUGUUAAAGAAAACCUGACCAGAGUUCUUCAGAGCAUGUGGGAGCUUCUCCUGCAGAUGAUUCUGGACUCAAUCACAGAGAACAGGGGUGUUCAAGUGGAGUUUUACAACCGCUUCCAGUACACAGUGGAGUCCCUGUUGCAAUUCUUCCACAUGAGGGGAGAGGGUCUCUCACUGGAAGAUAUGAAAUGUGGAGAUUAUAAGGUGCUGGAUGAAGAACUCAGACUGAAUAAAUGUUCUUCCUUUGAGCUGAUUGAACAGUAUUAUCUGGAGAAGAUUUCCCACCAGAAAACACUCAAACACACCCGUUUUGGUCGGAUCAGCGUGAAAUGCUACUACGAGGCUCCAGAGCAGAGGCUGACAGUGGAGAUCCUACAUGCUGCAGAUAUUAUCGCACUGGAUGCAAAUGGUCUGAGUGACCCCUUUGUCAUAGUGGAGCUCUGUCCACACCACCUCUUUCCACUGGCCAAGAGUCAACGCACGCAGGUGAAGCUGAAGACAUUGCACCCAGUGUUCGAUGAACUCUUUUAUUUCCACGUCAGUCCUGAGCAGUACAGACACAGGUAUGCCUGCUUGACCUUCACUGUGAUGGACUACGACUGGCUGUCCACCAACGACUUUGCUGGAGAAGCCGUCGCCCCUCUGAGCGACUUCUGCUGGCCCGGGAGACCCAACGCCUCUGCGGCCGGCAAGAGCGUCCAGCCGGUCAUCCUUCACCUGUCUCGCAGUAAACCCAGCGAGAAGCCAAUCAUGAGGAUACUGGACGCUCGUACCGGAGACAGGGAGGCUCAGGAGUUUGUCCGCAGGCUCAAGGAGAUUGAAAAGUCGAUGGAGGAAGAGUAAAAGCUUUCAGUAUUGGCUGUUUUGUGCUUUCAGAUCACGUCUUGCGACAUGUGCUUUUGUAAUAGUACAAUGUUUACAAUAUCUACAAUUUUUCUCCGAUGUAUUGUUUGUUCAGUAAUUACACCAAAACGAACGUAAAAAAAAAAGGAAGAUGGAAGUGUUACACUGUCUUCAAACUGAACAGCUGUCACUGUGCAACCAUAUGCUGUCUGAGUUUAAUGGCAUUUUAGACUUUAAUGGAUAGUUGAUCCUAAAUGUUAUUAGUCUCUAUUUUUUGUAAUGAAGUAAUUGUUAUCUUUGUUGUAUAAUCUUUGAUAUGAUAGAUUUAACUUUAAAGAAGAUAUUUUGUGGAAGUAGCUAACAGGUAGUCUAUAGUCAUCAGUCUACAGUCUAACUCUAUACCUCAGAUAUGCUCAUUAGUUGAAGGAGAGUUUCACAUGUUGAGACCGAUCAUUCCUCAAAGACACUGUUGUUGUAACUUGCAUGAUAGCUUGUUCGGGAUUUGAAUGCCUGAACCCACGUUUGUUUCCCAGUUUUUGCAAUGGCGUGCCAGGGAAACGGCUAUGAAUAAGAACAGACUCAUUUUGGAGGAAAUUAAGAAAUGGAAAUCAUAUGUGCACAGCACAGCUCUGGGGAGCCCCGGGCUUGUAGUUUUAAGGCCAGUCAGACUGAUCAGGAAGCCAAACACUCCAUGGAGGCUCACCCUGCUGGUGAGUUCAUCCAGAUAGUCAUUAAAUAUCCCAAAAAUGGUGUUAUGUUUGUGGUUGGAAGAGCAAUUAUUUUAACUAACUCCCUUUUUGUGUGAGCACAGCAUCAGUGACUCAGCUGAGAGUUGAUGUUUAAAGCAAAUGUUUGUUAUUUUUUUACUUAUAAAUACAGUCCAUGCAAAAUAUGUUCAACGAGAGAACAUAUAUAUUCUUUUAUCUCUAUCAGUUCAGCUUGAGUUGAUAUCACCAGCGUGGCCUGGGCAGGUUUUUGACUUUCGUUUCUUAACUCUCAUUUAGAAAUGUUUAAAACCAAAAUAGUUUAAUUAGUGCUUUAGUUUGUUGGCAUAUAUAGCCAACAUACUUGCACAGAGCAGAGCCAAAAUGCAAGAGAUUAAAAGGUGUGCUAAAUGUAGGAAAAAAAAGUUUAAGCAUAAAUUUCUUUAAAAAUUCAAAUGAACUAAAACCAGUUUUCCUGUAAAAAACUAUUUUGGAUCUCUAACCCUUUGUAUACUCGUAAAAUCCUGAUUACAAAAGUUUAGUAAGAGGUUAAAUUCGUCCUAAAUGUGUGUCCAGGUGGUGGAGCUUCCAAGAUAGUUUUUUAGGGGAAACCAAGAUAAUUGCUGUUGAUGAUGAGGCAUUCAAACAGCUGUGGGAACAAAAAGGGUUUUAUUUCAUGUCUAAUUCUCUAAGGAUGAAAAUCUAAAUCUGUGUGAGAAGAGAAAAAAAGAAUGAAACUGUGGAGGAUACCUGAAUGGAUGUCUUUGUCUGAAACAGCUCUCACCGGCCUUUUAAACUGUUGAGUUACAGAGAGCUAGGGAUCAGGAUGUUUUUGCAAAAACAGGUGAGGGUCAAACCACCCCUCGAAUCCAACCCCAUUUCUCUUGUAAUAGAAAGAAAAUUACUCUUACAUUCUUAUGCAAUUUAAAGUUUUCUGAAAGAAAAUCAAGCACAAAUUAUCCAUAUGAUUUGACACUCAGUAAGUCCAAAGGGUCAGUUUCCUGGAACAUGUUCUAUGUAUGAACUUGAAUCUAAUAUGGUUCAAUAUGUUUGAAAAAAUAAAAACAACCUCUGAAAUUAAUGCAAUUUUUAGAUUUUCGAAGAAGUUCAGCAUUGAUAAAAUUAACGUUAACAUUUUGCUGAAAAUAAACUUUUUUUGGGUCAAAACUUUACAAAGUUAAGGUCCGUUAGUAGAUUGUAGCAUUCCAGGAAACCGGCCCUUAACAUUGAAAAUGUUUACAAUUGGGUCUAGGUUGGACGUUCAGGUUGGAAAACACUCCUCCAUCCUAAACAGAAAUCCCCAAUAAACAAAUCACAUGGAUGCGAUUAAACUUUUGCUGGUGUAUGAAGAAAUAUUCCGAUAACACAGUCAAGCUUUUAGGAAUUGUCGAUGUGUGUAAAAGCUCAGUUUUUUCUGAAUAAAACCUUAGUUGUAGACUAGAUGACUUAAACUCAAAGUGGCGAACCAGAACUGAAAAAACACUGUAGCAGGUAGCGAGCACCAAAACCUCCGUACCGACAGCAUUUCGAUAGGGAUGUACGUUUACAGUAGCUGCUUGUGUUGUGCUUUGUCUUUACCUUUCAGAGCUUUGAGAAUAAGGCAAGCAAAAACUAUACCUAUGCCUGGAAGUUGUGCUGCAUCAAAGGGACUGUUCAGGUGUGAAAGAAAUCCUGUAUUUUUGCUUAUUUUUGAGACAUUUCAGGUGGAGUUUGGAUUGGCGUUUGGUUAGUUUCAUCACAGGCACGUUGAGCGUUGAUGAACUGACGAUGAGUUUGUCAGAUGAGUCUGA